AUGUCUUCCUCCGGGAGUGGGAGCUCCUCCAGCAUCGAGAUUUUUGUCAUCUUUGGCCUCGUGGUCAACGCCCAACUGCGUCUUUCCCGUCGCCUGAUCAAGCUCGCCUUUGCCACAUCCAACAAUUCAGUAGAAAGAGUUCAAGUCCACAAUGAAAUUAGGGAUCAUGUGAAGUCUGCAGGUCGCGCUAACCGGGAUGCAGCACUCGCAAAGACGCUUCAACUGAUCAAGGACCACCAGAUGAAAACUGAGGACAUGGACAAGCUACAACUUGUGAUGGGGGGGGUUGAUAAUGGUGUAGAUGAGCCCAGGGACGUCCCCAAAGCUUGA